CAGUUUACAGAAGACUUGAGUGCAGUGACGUGUCCUAUAAGGAGCAUUGGUGGCAAAUCUGAUGGCGGAAUGGUUGAUGUAAACUGAGAAGAGCGUGGGAAUAAUGGUAGUGGUAAGAACACUGCAAUAACUUCUCACUCACUGAUCAUUACUCCAAUGAAUUUCUAUCCAUGUGCUAGUGUCUGGAACACUGACAAUGACUUCAAAGGUCAAAAGUAUUCCAGGUUAUAGACCGAAUCAAGAAACAUUGACCAAUGUGUUGGAGACCAAUAUAAACCAUGACAGCAUAAGACUUGCUGGCCAAAGGCCGCUAAACAAUAUCACAUCAUAUCAGUGUGAUCUGAGCUUGCUGAUAUCAGGCAUGCUCUCUGCCAUUGUCAUUAAACAUAAACCUUUGGAAUAGUACAUUGAUAGGACACUUUCCAAUUGGCUAACACUAUGAAUACUGACAAUUGGCUUUCUAUACUCAUCUCCUUACCUUGAUCUGAGAAGACAGGGUAGGUAAAACCAGUGACGGAGGCCCACCAAGGGAUUUGGUUUCACCUUUAAGUCUCAGCAUAUUAGGAGCUUUACUGGAUGCUUUUACUGGACCGUAUUAAGCUGUGAAUCACCUGUAUGUAUCAUGUCUGUUCUUUUGAGAGUGCUUGAUAGUGAUAACAGCUUGAUUGUGCAACGUGGAACAAAAUUAUAAUCCAGCAAUAAAAAAAUGACAACUCACUCUGUGUUGGGACCUUCGGACACAGGUUGGCCAUUCACCUUGCAUUUAUGGGAUCGCAUCAGAGCAAUCAAAGUUGUAUAAAUACUCAGUGAGCGUCUCUCAGUGUUUACUUACAGUAACAUCACCACAGAGGAUCUCUAAGGUCAGUUAUUUACUUAAUAUAUAUUAUGUUUUAAUCACCUGAUCAUUGCUGUUUGACUUUCAAGAUAUACAAAAUUAUACUAUUCGUACCUCAGUAAACAAGAAAAGUGUGAAUACUACUAAUAUUCAUUGAUUCCAUGUUGUGUAAGUAGUGCUUGGUUUGUUUUUGUAAACUGAGAAAGUUCCAGUGCAUAAAUAAGGGCAUUUAUAAAGUCCUGUAUAUCAUUGUCAUAAAUCAGUGAUCCUGUAUAUAACACAAAUCAGUGAUCCUGUAUAUAAUAUUGUUAUAAAAUCACUGAAUCAGAGUGGUAUAUUACUGUUGUAUAAGCCGAUAUUCUCCAUUGUGUUCACAGGUGUAUUGUCAGCAGAUCACCAUGAAGGUUGUCGCAGUAAUCCUGGCUCUAGCCGUCCUCUCAGGCUGCCAUGCAUGGGUGCUACCCAUGCAGGAUGAGCCCCAAACUCCCUGGGAGAAGACAAUUGACCAGUUUAAGGACUACAUAACAGAUCUGAACUCUAAGGCUGAUGAGAAGGUGAAGAACAUCAGGGCCUCCCAGCUCAGCAGAGAACUGGAUACCCUGAUCACAGACACCAUGUCUGAGCUGAAUAUGUACAGUGAUGAUAUGAAGACCAAACUGGGACCUCUCGCUAAGGACAGCGCUGAACGUCUGGGCAAGGAAGUGCAGCUCCUCGUUAACAAGUUGCAGGCUCACAUGACUGAAGCUAAAGACCGUACCACAGUGUACACCCUGGAACUCCAGACCAUGUUGGAGCAGAAUGCCAAUGACAUCAGUCACAGGUUCAACACCUAUAGCCGCAAGCUGAACAAGCGCCUGAGCAAAGACACCGAGGAGAUCCGCAGCAAAGUGACCACCUAUUUCGAGGAGUUGCAGUCUCGAACCACCUCUAGUGUGGAAUCCGUGAAGGAUCGCUUUGAGCCUUACUACGUCCAGAUCCGUGAGCGCGCUGAGGAUAAGAUGGCUAUCCUCAGCAAACUGCUGACGACCCAGGCUGAAAAGCUGAAGGACAAGCUUGAGUCCCGGGCUGAGGAGGUCCGCGAGCAGCUGGAGAAGACCACCGAGAACCUCCGCAGCACCCUCGAGGGCAAAACGGAGGAACUGCGCACCUGGUUCAACCCCUACGGCCUCGUAAUCCGUGAUCAGGCUAAGGCCAUCAUGGAGGCCAUGUAAAUCAACAUACCACCAUGCAGGCUUAGGGUGACGGUCUAGUUCACUCACUAUGUUCUAUGUCACAUAUUUCACCCAAGUUAAAAAAAGGGAAGGGAAGUUGCCUUUCAGAAACCAUUUCGUUUGUCACUCCAUUCGUAAACAAGACAUAAUGCAUAUUUGGCUGAGCACAGAGCUUUUCAGACUUGUAACAGAUCCCCAAGAUCAACCAAACAAAUCUACUUGUGUUAAUAUCCUCUCUCCCUCAUUGUCAUCCACCUCUACAAAAAGCACCCUUUCAAGGCCUAGCUGAUAAAGUUCACAGAGAUGCACACUCUAGCCAUUACUGCUUAACAUCAAAAUGUAUAUUAGCGGUACAGAACAGUUGUGGUAGGGGAAUUGUAUAAAGGGCUUUGUGAGUAAGUAAUAAUAAAAAAAACAUACAUUGGUGACUGUGGUGAAAGUCUGUCAAUCCAAUAAAAACAUC